AAUCCCCAAGCACGUGCGAGUGUUAUUAUUGUCCUCUCCCGGCUAACGUCGACAUGGACGUUUUUAAGGCAAAACCAGGAUUCUGUCCUGAAUGUGGUUCGAUAUUUCCGCCUCUGCCGAUGAAAGGCAAUGUUGUCUGCUACAACUGCAAAAAGGAUUUCGACCCAGAAGUGUUCGGUGACAUGAAAAUCAAGUACACAAUACAUUUUAAUACGUACGUUCCCAAGGAGAAAGAUGCUAAAGUGAAAGAGGAACAGGAUGUGGCGGAUGGACCAGUCGUGGAGAGGAAGUGUCCUAAGUGCGGACACGAUAAAAUGUCCUACGCGACUCUGCAGUUGAGGUCUGCAGACGAAGGGCAGACGGUUUUCUUCACGUGCCUCAAGUGCAAGUUCAAGGAAUCCGAGAAUUCGUAGAAAGCUUUUAGAGACCCAUGGACCUUUCGGAUUAUGUAAAUUUAACAUAACAAUUGUGAUAUUUGUAAGUUAAGGACUUAAAUAAACGGGAUAGAUUGUAA